AUGCAGCUGAGCCUGCUGCUGCUGCUCCUGCUGCUGCUGGGCCCCCCGACGACCCCUGGCAUGGAGGACCCCGCUUUCCCCCACAUGGGGGAGAGCUCGCAGCCCCCGCCCCGGGCCUGCCCCCCGCGCUGCUCCUGCCCCCGCGCUGACACCGUGGACUGCGAUGGCCUGGACCUGUGGGUGUUCCCCGACAACAUCACCCGGGAGGCUCAGCACCUCUCCCUGCAGAACAACCAGCUCCAGGAGCUCCCCUACAAUGAGCUGUCCCGCCUCAGCCGUCUUCGAACCCUCAAUCUGCACAACAACCUCAUCUCCUCUGAGGGCCUACCGGACGAGGCCUUCGAGUCCCUCCCCCAGCUGCAGCAUCUCUACGUGGCCCACAACAAGCUCUCCGUGGCCCCCCAGUUUCUGCCUCGCUCCCUCCGAGUAGCGGAUCUGGCUGCCAACCAAGUGACGGAGAUCUUCCCGCUCACCUUUGGGGAGAAGCCGGCGCUCAGGUCCGUGUACCUCCACAACAACCUCCUGAGCAACGCUGGCCUGCCCCCCGAUGCCUUCCGCGGCUCCGAGGCUGUCACCACCCUCAGCCUCUCCAACAACCAGCUCAGCUACCUGCCGCCCAGCCUGCCACCCUCUCUGGAGCGGCUCCACCUGCAGAACAAUCUCAUCUCCAAGGUACCCCGAGGAGCCCUGAGCCGCCAGACCCACCUCCGUGAGCUUUACCUCCAACAUAACCAGCUGAGCGACAAUGGCCUGGAUGCCACCACCUUCAGCAAACUGCACCGCCUGGAGUACCUGGACCUGUCGCACAACCAGCUGGCCGCGGUGCCUGCCGGCCUGCCGCCCGCCCUGACCGUGCUGCACCUGGGCCGGAACCGCAUCCGGCAGGUGGAGGCGGCCCGGCUCCGUGGGGCCCGGGGCCUGCGCUACCUGCUGCUUCAGCACAACCAGCUCGGGGCGGCCGGGCUGCCGGCGGGGGCGCUGCGGCCUCAGCGGCGCCUGCACACGCUGCACGUCUACGGCAACAGGCUGGAGCGUGUGCCCCUGGCCCUGCCCCGCCGCCUGCGGUCCCUGGUGCUGCCCCACAACCACGUGGCUGCACUGGGCGCCCGAGACCUGGCGGCCACACCGCGCCUGGCCGAGCUCAACCUGGCCUACAACCGCCUGGCCAGCGCCCGCGUGCAUCACCGGGCCUUCCGCCGGCUGCGUGCCCUACGCAGCCUCGACCUGGCCGGCAACCAGCUGACGCGGGUGCCCUCUGGUCUGCCCGCUGGCCUGCACACCCUGCGGCUCCAGCGCAACCAGCUGCGGGCCCUGGAGCCCGAGCCGCUGGCCGGCCUGGACCAGCUGCGGGAGCUCAGCCUGGCACAUAACCGGCUCCGAGUAGGCGACAUUGAGCCUGGCACCUGGCAUGAGCUGCAGGCCCUCCAGGUGCUGGACCUCAGCCACAACCAGCUGUCCUUCGUGCCUCCCGACCUGCCCGAGGCCCUCGAGGAGCUGCACCUGCAGAGCAACCGCAUCAGCCACGUGGGCCCCGAAGCCUUCCUCAGCACCCCCAGCCUGCGUGCCCUCUUCCUCAGGGCCAACAGGCUUCACGUGACCAGCAUUGCGCCCGAGGCCUUCCUGGGCCUCCCGCACCUGUGCGUGGUGGACACGGCGGAUAAUCCUGAGCAGGUCCUGAUCCGGCUGCCAUCCACGGCGCCACAGAAGCCACGGGCAGGGUGCCCCUGA